UCUAAAUUCUUUUUUCCUUUUUCUUUCUUUUUACUAUUAUUAUUUUUUUUUAAAAUGAAACUUGCGCCUACUUCGUUUCAAACAAACAAAGCACAAGUUAACUUAUCUUAUAAGAUAACUGGUGAUAAAAAGGUGAUUCAGCAUAAAAAUGAACUUUUGCUUCCAGAACAACCUUAUAGAAAUCAAUACCUUCAAGUCAGCUCAAAAGUAGCUCCUCAUACAGACGGAAAAGGAGGAUAUAUCCUUUCACUCAGUAUCAAGGCACUCCAACCUCUUGAGCUUGUCAACUUCGAGACAACAUUCAUGACAGACCUUAAAGACCAACGUAUGAUGGCAAAUGGGUUUCAGAGUUGGAGUCAAGCGCGUGAGUUUACAAAAAACGAUCGAAUUCCUGCAAUUCGAUCAAGUGUCGCUAAAUAUACUCAACUUAAUCUUCAGGGCGAUUAUGAUAUUUUUCAACAUUCUGGAGACAAAGGUUUGAUCCAUUCAAGCAGCUAUACUCAUUUUCGCGACUUGAACAACGUUGUUUCCUUUUUUGGAUCAGUGUCCGAAAACCUUGGCUAUACUUAUUUCAAAGGUGAUUUCAAUAACAACACUUUCAGUAUCUACAAAGACGUGGUGGGUAAGAAAAUGACCGAGGGCCAAGAAAUCGAAUUUGUACGUGUGUUUAUGGCACAAGGUAUUCAUGCUGAGGCUGCUAUUUGGGAUUCGUAUGCCGAGUUUUAUGAGGACCGUAGAGCUAUUAAGAAUAAUGAAGAUGCCAAGCGUCAUGUGAAUGGCUGGACUUCUUGGUACAAUUACUAUGGUGAUGUUAGUGAGUCUAUUGUUUAUGAAAAUGUAGAAGCAUUACAAAGCUAUCAAUAUCCUAUCAACAUUUUCCAAAUCGACGAUGGAUUCCAGACAGCCAUCGGUGAUUGGCUUAGUAUCAAUCAAAAGUUUCCAAGCGGCAUGAAAGCAGUAGCUGAUAAAAUCAAAGGUGCUGGUUUCAAAGCCGGUCUUUGGUUAGCGCCAUAUGCUGUAGGAUUCAAUAGUCAAGUUGCUAAAGAGCAUCCAGAUUGGCUUAUUAUCGAUCCCGAAACAAACAAGCCUGUAGUGGCAGGACCCAAUUGGGGCGGAUUUUAUGCUUUGGAUAUGUACCACGUUGACGCAAGAAAGUAUUUAAAGAAUGUGUUUGAUAUUGUGCUGCAAGAUUGGGGAUUUGAUAUGCUCAAACUUGAUUUUUGUUUUGCUGCAGCUAUGAUUCCUCGUAUGGGCAAAUCACGUGGUGAAAUUAUGUGGGAAGCUAUGGAAUUGAUUCGUGAUUUUGUUGGUCCUGAUAAGCUUGUCUUAGGCUGUGGUGUGCCUUUGGCCUCUGCUUUUAGAAAAGUAGAUUAUUGUCGUAUUGGAUCUGAUGUUGCACCAUGGUGGGAAGAUUCUAAGCUCAAGUUGCUCCAUGUGCGUGAGCGUGUCUCAACAGCAAACUCACUUGUUUCUACUCUGACUCGAUGGGUUAUGUCUGAUCGUAUGUUUGGUAAUGAUCCUGAUGUAAUGAUCCUUCGCAAGCAAAAGAACAAACUUACUGAAGAUGAGAGAUAUACACUCUGUGUCUUAAACAACAUUCUGGGUGCUCUUGUGUUUAUCUCUGAUAAUGUUCGUCUUUAUGGUCGUGAUGAACAUUUAUUGUAUUCUGCUACUUUUCCCAAAGUGAUUGCCCAUGUCUACAGUGUACUUGAAUCCAGAACCAAUUGCUUUGUAGUGAACUAUCUCGUCAACGAUAAGCACGGUAGACAACGUCGAUACACUACUUUUGCCAACUUGGCAGAAGAAGAACAGACAAUUUAUUUGCCGGAAUCCUCUCACGAUACUCACUUAUUGUUCGCAACAGACAACGAUAUGCACAUGAGCCAAGCAGAUGAAUCUGAAGCCUUAUUUUAUCAUCCUUCUUCUGCUGCUAAGCUCAAGGUUCAUGAGACAAAAACAUUUAUGCAUAUUCCUUUGGUUUCCGAUAAAUCCGAUCUCAUCUUUUUGGGCUCUACAAGUCAUAUUGUUCCUGGUGCUGAACUGGAUGAGUUUAGUGUUGAAAAGAAAGAUAUCAAAAUUACUUUUAGAGAAGAAAACAAACGUCGUCACCGUGUCUUGAUUGGUUAUGGUCCCUUCCUUCAUGAAUCUCGACAAGUGAUUCCGCCUGAAUGUACUAUCAACGGUAAACAAGCUAGACAUGAAUGGAUUCCAGUGAGUGGUUCUGGAGAAGGAAGAAAAAAGAGUGAAGUGUUGGCAUUAGUUUUAGAAGAAUUUUAGUGAUAAUUUAUGCUUUGAAUUUUAUUGGUCAGCUAGCACUGUCAAACAAAUAAAUCACACGUUAGAGAAUUAACGUCAUCAGAAAGGGGAGA